AUGCCGUCUCCGUUUUUGACUCCGAAUCCUAUAGCAGACGCAGACAGUCUCGCUCUGCUGCAGCUUCGUCGCGACCAGCUCGUUCCGACAAUACUUCGCGACCAUGACGAUGAGAACCAAGGCUACUUCGAAGGCAAGGUCACCAACACCCGCUUUGGUUCAUUCCCGCACAGCACCUUGAUUGGAAAGCCUUGGGGAUCUCAAGUGGUAGCUUCCAAGGUCGAUACCGGCUCGCGCGGUCGUAGACCAACCAACAAGCGCAAAGCUGAAGAUCUCGACGCACCCGCAACACCGACUGCUACGGAGGAGGAGAACAAGAAGCCAGCUUUAAGGACACCCGUCGCCGCAGACAGUGGUUUUCUACACAUUCUCGCCCCAACACCAGAAGCAUGGACGCUUUCUCUGCCGCACCGCACGCAGGUCGUGUACACCCCGGAUUACAGCUAUGUUCUUCACCGACUGCGCGCACGACCAGGCUGCACAGUCAUUGAAGCCGGAGCUGGUAGUGGCUCAUUCACACAUGCAUCGGUUCGCGCCGUGUUUAACGGCUACCCGGAGACCGAGCCUACGGCCAAGAAGCGCCGACUAGGAAAGGUGUGCAGUUUUGAAUUCCACGAGCAGCGCGUGGGCAAAGUGCAAGAGGAAAUCAAAGACCAUGGACUCGAUGGCCUAGUUGAGGUCACGCAUCGGGACGUGUACGAGGAUGGCUUCCUUUUGGGAACGCCUCACACUGGUAAAUCGCCCAAGGCUAGCGCGAUCUUCCUCGAUCUACCUGCACCCUGGCUUGCCCUGAAGCAUCUUGUACGCAAUCCCCCUGCUGGUCAAGAGUCAGCUCUUGAUCCAGAGUCGCCAGCCUACUUGUGUACCUUCUCCCCCUGUCUCGAACAGGUAGAGCGCACGAUCCGCACCAUGCGCCAGAUGGGAUGGCUUAAUAUUUCUAUGGUGGAAGUUGCUCAGCGUCGAAUUGAUGUGAAGCGCGAUCGUGUCGGUCUGGAUACCGAAGGCGAGCGCGGUGCAACCGUGUUCCCCCAGACUGUUGAGCAGGCAGUCGAGAAGCUUCGCAGUGACGAACAACACGCGAAGCUUGUCCGUGAAAACCGAGUCAACAGGAGUCACCCAGAUUAUGAACCUAUUGAGAAGGGAGACUGCACUUUCCAUGAUAAAGACUUUGGUAUACCCAAGUACGCCCAAGGUCGCUUGGUGCAUCGGUCUGAAAUAGAUCUCAGAACGCAUACCUCAUACUUGGUAUUUGCCAUCCUCCCUCGAGCUUGGAGCGAAGAGGAUGAGAACAAAUGCAGGGAACAGUGGCCAUCGGAUAAGGUCACCAACACUGGAGCUGCGACAAAGCCCAGCAAAAAGCAAUUGAAAAAAGAGGCCGGGAUAGAACGGGCGCGAAAGCGCCAGGAGAAGGCAGAGCAAGAAAAGCAGGCCCAGCCCGAAUCUGGCGAUAAGCCUGAGGAUGAAUCCGAGGCUCCAGUCGAACUUAAGGUCGAGGCGUCCGGGUGA